AUGGCGGACAGCACUGUGCAUCGCGCGUACAGUCCGCGCAUUGCUGUGCUAACGAGUCCGGAUGUCGAUCGCAUAGUACAGAAGAAUGGCGUGGCUCACUUUGCUGCUUUGCUACGUGCUUUUGAGUGGAGUGCACAGAAUGUAACCGUGCAUACGUCGCAGCUCGAAACACGCGUUUGCCCAGAGUUUGAUGUACGCUUCGAUGCUAUGGACAUGUUUCAGGGCAGCGAUGUGCCUAUGCAUACGUUCAUGGACGCGAUGCAACGUCCUACGACCGUGUCGUCGAUUUGUGACCGACCUGUCCUGCCCAUCGAACCUGCGCAGGAGGAACGCGAUGCUUGGGCACACCACAUACUUUCCACACCGCCGUGGUUUAAACUGCUUUCCGCGGGUGUCUAUGAACAUCGGCCUAUGACCGCGACUGAUACCAUGUCUCACCCCGUCGCCACAAAGCUGUAUGAGGAGUCAAGCAAAGGCGAUAUGUUUGCGAAGCAUCCCUUCUUAGACCCGUCGUUAUUGCGCUGCUAUGUUCUAGUCCAUGACGUGUCAGAGUCUGGUGGCGAUAUGAGUCGGUGUACCGUACUCAUGGACGAGGUUCGAAAGACGUACGGAUUGCAAUGUGCUAUGCUCUCGAUCAAUAGUGGCACACAGCCCGACGCGUCGGUCGUCUCGUCUUUGUCCGCUGCCCUAGAGGCGCGUGGGGUGCCAUAUACCUCUUCCUCCCUAGGGGCACAACUGUCUACUGAAGAUUUGCAGCAAAUUCAGGCCUAUGUACGUGAAAUGAUUACCAAGAGCCUUGUACCUUUCCUGGAGCGCAGUGUCCAUCAAGUACAAGAGCAGGUGGCCGCGCAGCGUCGUGGACUUACCGGUCGCUUGCUGGGUGCUAGUCGCAAAUUCUUUGCGGCACGUCCCACCUCAGCCUCGACAAGCACUACCGCGAGCACCGAAGCAGAGGCCACGCACGGUUUGUAUGUUCCCUCUUCGUUGGCGGCGCAGACGCGGCGGCUGGCCGAUUUGGCCGUGUUUUUGCGGGAUUACCGACUGGCAGGGAACAUGUACGAGGCUGUGCGACGUGACUACAUAACGGACCAGGCCGCAAUGUAUAGUGCCUGUGCCGCGGAGAUGGCAUGCGUGAUGCGAGCGCUGCAUAUGUGGCAGUCACCGCAAGAGUCAUCGGCAUCAAUACAUGAGCUGUAUAUGGACGCCGUCCAAGCGUAUGCAAAGGCUCCUUCAGGCUCAUGGUAUGCUUUACGUUGCUCCGUCUUGUACGCAUUCGCACAAACCCUAGCCUCUCAACAUACCCUUGCUGCGCAAGCCUACCUUCGCGCCUCCGCAGUGACGGACGAAUUGGUGCGCGCCUUAUUAGUCGAGCAUGCCUACCUUGCCUACCUUCGCACAUCUCCCCCUCAUACACGGAAAAGUGCCAUGACCUUGCUGCAAGCCGCCGCGCUGUACGAUGCGUGUGGCCAACAUGACUUGGCCUUGCAGUGCUAUGCACGCACCUCCCAGUACUACCAAUCGCGCCAUGGGCCACUGUACGAUCAUAGCCUGUACAAAAUGGCGUUGUUGGAGCACAAAUGUGGGCAUAUGGACAAUGCGCUGACCAACCUGGUCCCACUCUUGCAUGGCACGUCGCCUCAGAUGGACCAACUGUAUUUGGACGCGCUACAGCAUGUUGCCUCUUAUGCACACCCUGCGCACAUGCAACUCCCCGUGCCUGUAUUCGAUGUACGUGCAUGCUACAUUGUGCCAUGGGGGGAAGACGAUCCACAGCCGUGUGUGGCAGGCCCUCACGAAUCGUUCGUGGUCCGAUUGCGCGUGCAAAAUCCACUCCAUAUUGCCUGGCGAAUGAUGCAUUUGACAUUAGCCUUUGCUCCGGCAGACCAGGAUGGGCACCUUGCCUCUGGAAGCAAGGACGUGGAUGCGGUUGUGGCAACCGACGGUACCCUUAGUUUGGCGCCGCGAGAAUGCCGUGAUCUAGAUGUGCGGGUUCAAAUUGCUUCCCCAGGUAUGGCACGAUUAGCACGAGUGACCUACGUCAUGCACGACUUGGUCCCCAUCGAGCAGGUCAUGACCAAGCAGGGACCUCGUCUUCAUCGUACGCCGGCCCAGAAGCGAACACGUACCUACGCACCCGAUACAACAUUGUGCAUUAACAUCCAGCCUCAAGUACCACGCCUCACCCUCUCGCUCGAAGCCCCCUCUGCCGUAUGGGUAGGCGAGUGGGUCCCGGUGGUCUUGCACAUGUCCAAUCCUAGUGCGUACGCAGCCACGCAGCUCCGCCUCACGUGUUCUCCUCCUACGCUGGGCCUCCAUGAAACACAGGAGGAGGCAUCGAACUCUACUUCUCUGACCUUGCCGUGGUCGACUUCGAUGGACCCAUCUUCCUUUUCGUUGCCUGAUGUGCUGCCUGGCGCACAGCAGCGUGUAGAGUUGGCUUGGCAUGUUACCUCUCCUGGGACAAAUGUACUUUCGUUCACCGUGUCUUUGGCCAAUGACCUAGGUCACUCGUAUACCUCACACCUUCAGCAUACUGUGCCUGCUCAAGUACUGCUGGAUGUACAAACUCGUAUCGCUCUGGCAUGCACAGCUAGACCUGCCUAUGUCAUGGCGGUAGAAAUGACAAGUUACGCCUCCCAGCCCUUGGCGGUGGACCAACUCGCGCUUGUAAGUCCGCAGUGGCGCAGUCCAUCGCAGUGCACGUGCUCAUCGCUGUCACCCCACAAUCGCACGACCUUGUGGCUCCGUUUGGACCGCCACGCAGCCCCGGAUCUUGUCCAGCCGAUGGUCGAUUCGCUCCAAGCCUUUUUUGCCGGGAAAGCACUGCCGAGCCAUCAUGCCUAUGAUGUGCACUGCACGUGGCUCGGUCCAGGCACGCCUCCUCCCUCACGACUGGGAUCAGAUCCGCAUCGCUAUACCCUCUCCCGCGCUGUAGCACGACGCGCGCAACUUCAGUCGGUGGUACAGGCACCUAUUUCGCUGACGCAAGCCCUCUUCCCGUCGAUGGAUCCACAUGAUGUUGAUUUGUUAGUGCAGUGGACAUUGCCUGAGGGACGCAAAGGCGAAACAUUGCUCUGUGGAACGCAUGUGGGCAUCCGUGAGGAUUCCAUCGCGAGCUUGGCUGCUCUAGAUGCUGCUCUAGGCCACAUGGCCCCGACCAAGGCCAUGUAUGCUGAAACGGCUCAGGAAAAGGAGCUCCUUCGUACAGCGAUGCGGUCCACGCCCAUUCUUUCUUGGCCCAUGCCCUUCUCGGUAUGGGUGGAAACGGACUGCACCAGUAUGCCUACCUGCCCUGACAUCGCAACGGUCCGGUUGCAUCUUCGCAAUGAAUCGCCGUGGCCACUAGCAUGCCAGUGUCGAUGGAUCGCACCUAUCCCCACAGAGAAAGAGCCAGUAGCGAUGUGGGCGCCAUGGGUCGGCUCAACCAAGCUCUCUUGCACCAUACCCGCGUACGCAUCGUAUGCAGUAGAUGCGCACGUCUUAGCAGAUGGGCCUGGGGUGUAUCAACUUGGCGCAUGGCAUGCCGAACUCACGGUGCAGUGCGACGGCCAGCCAUGGCGCACAUGGACCGCUUCUCACAACUUGGACGCCUUGCUUACCGUUCAUCUGGCCCCGUAG